CAACAAUUCCUAACCCAGCACAAGGAUAUCCGUGUAUCAGCAUGCCGCUAUGCUCACCACCACACAAUGGCCUGAUGCUCCACAGCAGUAUCCUGGAAACACCCUUCUAUGAUGAGUGGAAGAAUAAUUUCCCAGACCAGGAAACAGAGGAAGAUCAACCCAUCAUAGGCCAUCUAUCAUCCAUGGUGUGCACAAGGAUAUCCGUGUAUCAGCACGCCGCUAUGCUCACCACCACACACGAAGCCAUUAGUCAUGAAGGUCCUCACCGUUCCUCCGCACCGCCGGCCAGGUACAUCACCGUGUGUUGUGUGUUCUCCUGUCUGGACCUUGGUCUGACGGACGCCACACAUUAUGCCUGGUUUUAUAAAUUCUGCAUUAUGAAAGAAAACUUGAUAUUGGGAACAAAUUCAAUAUUCACGUAAUACUUGAAUGUUUGACGGUGUCUCUGUCUUUUGAUGUUUUCACUAUCGCCGUGAACUUGACCCUCAUGACCUUGUCAUAAUUAUUUGCUAGGUACAAACUGUAAUCUUGUUCUCUCUUUUUGUGCUACUGGAUCGAGCUUGUAUAAAGGUUGAUUUUGGAUUUAGAUUCUAGAGUUGCAUGCUUAGCCAAGUUUAUAGUCUGAAUAGUAAUGUAAUCUCAUGUUCUGGAAUCAUGGUCCGACAUGCCAUAUCUCUGAAUCUGUGCUACGAGUUAGUUUUUUAAAUGAAAUGUAAUCUUGUGAGAAUUGUCCUGCUCUACUCAAAUAUUAAAUAUCCUAUGUUGUGUAAUACCAACCAAAACUCUUUCAUAUACGCUACUUUAGAAACUAAGGUACACAAUUAAAUUAGCUAACACAUUGGAACUCAGAUGGUAUGAUCUACCAGAUAGUUUAACAAAUCUAAAUAUGAAAUUAUGAUAGAUCAGCAUACUACCUUGUACCUUACAUGGACAGAUG